GAUUAUUAAUAUACAUAAAUAAAUCAUAUGACCACUUCAUAAAAGAAGAAUUAAUUAUAGUUUAUAUUGUACGAUCAACAAUUUUAAUCUUUAGAUUUGUAUAAUCGUUGUAAUUUAUUAAAUAAAUUUUAUGUAAACAAAAUAAUAUUUAAAAGAAUUUACUUAUUGUCUAACCCUUUUUUAUUUAUCAUACAUUAUAUUGAUCUCAUUAAACAAAAGACUGUGGAGAGCCUCAUAUCAAAACAUUGCAAUUUUAGAGAAAUUAUUUAACUCUAUCAAAUAUAUUACACGUUAAACGAAGCAAUGACUAUUUAAGAAAUUUCAUAAAAUUUUAAGUACGUUCAAAUUAAACUAUCUCGCACUAUAACUCGCAUAAGAUAACUUUAUGUAAAUAUCUUUGGUAUUAUAUUAAUAAAAAAGGGUUAUUAUUUUUAUAGAAUAUACCAUAUGGAAGCACAUAAAUCAUUUUUGUUAGAUUUUUUGGCAGGUGGUAUAUCUGCAGCAAUUUCGAAAACCUCAGUAGCACCUAUAGAACGCGUAAAAUUAUUACUUCAGGUGCAACAUACAUCCAAACAAAUAUCACCUGAGCAACGAUAUAAAGGUAUUUAAAUUUUUAUUUUAUUUCAAUGAUAAAUAAUUACAAAGAAUUUAAUCAUUAUUUUAGGUAUGCUCGAUGUAUUCAUACGUGUACCAAAAGAAACUGGUUUUCUUAGUUUAUGGAGAGGUAAUCUAGCUAACGUUAUACGCUAUUUUCCUACACAAGCUUUAAAUUUUGCUUUUAAAGACAAAUUUAAAACUAUAUUUUUGGGAGGCGUACCAAAGGAAGCAUUCUGGAGAAAUUUCAUUGGAAAUUUAGCUUCCGGUGGUGCUGCCGGUGCAACAUCAUUAUUAUUUGUAUAUCCUCUUGAUUUUGCUCGCACCAGAUUAGCUGCAGAUGUUGGAAAAGGUGCUCAAAGAGAAUUUAGUGGAAUGGGAGAUUGUUUAGUAAAAGUUUUUAAAACAGACGGUUUGUUUGGUUUAUAUCGAGGAUUCAAUGUGAGUGUCCAGGGAAUUAUUAUAUAUCGUGCAGCAUACUUUGGACUUUAUGAUACAGCUCAAGGCUUUUUUUCUGAUCCAAAAGCUACUCCAUUAUAUGUUAACUUUCUUAUUGCACAAGCUGUAACAUCGCUGUCAGGACUUUUAUCCUAUCCUUUAGAUACAGUCAGAAGAAGAAUGAUGAUGCAAUCAGGACGUAGUAAAGAAGAAGUGAUGUAUAAAAAUACUUUAGAUUGUUGGAUUAAAAUAUUACGCAAUGAAGGACCAUCAGCUUUCUACAAGGGAGCAUUUUCCAAUAUCCUUCGAGGGACAGGUGCUGCUCUCGUUUUAACGAUAUAUGCUCCUAUUAAAACUCGUAUUGCUAACAUAAUAUUUAAAGAUGAUACUUCAACAUAGCAAUUUAUUUUUUGUAUAUUUAUAAAUUCAAUAAAAAUAUUCUUUCUUCUGUUCUUUUUACAUAAAAUAUAUUUUGUAAUCUAAACCGUUUAAAUAAUUAAUUAAUUAAUACAGAUCUUGUUUUCUUAACGCAUUUGUAGAUAAUUUUCUAUGCUGAUAUUUAUUUUCCUACCAUGCAAAUGUUUUAUAUUAAAAAUAAAAUUUAAAUUAAAUUUCUAUCUAGCGUGUUGUAUUUUCAUAACGAUUUGAA